AUGCUUUCUAAGAUGCUUUCCGCGUUGGACUCUAGUAACUUACCGUCGAUCGACACGGAUGCGUCUCCGGAAAUCCAACUUCGUGCCAUCGGACGUCGUAAGGAAGCCAUCACAAUGGCGAAGAAUGGAAUCGAGAAGGCUUCGGGAACUCUUAGAUCGCGUUAUCAAGCCCUGUUGUUGUUUGCUCGGACACAGGAACAGAAAUAA